GCCGAGACGACAAUGUCUGAAAUGUACUACUUUCCAUCACCUCCGUACAGUGACGAUCCAAGGUCACCUAGCCCGGGUGUUAAGUCGAACAAGCAGCCAUCGUGCCCACAGUUAAUCCCGCUGACCUCGUUGGAGUACGUUCGCAGUUUGGCCUACUCCCAGGGGUUCAAUAUUAGUGUGGAAACGUGCGAACGGAUUGCCACCCCACAUUGGAUCCAUCGAAGGAGCCCGGGAAAAGCGUCUUCUUCUCCUCCAGUUUCGAAGGAGAAGCCCAAAAACACAUCGAGUAGGCGAAAAGUGAUUCCACCGGUGAUUCGAAGGAAACGACGCCUGGCGGCCAAUGCUCGCGAACGAAAACGUAUGCAUGCGCUGAACGAGGCGUUCGAUCGGCUGCGACAAUAUUUGCCCACGAUUGGCAACGAUCGGCAGUUGUCCAAGCACGAGACGCUUCAGAUGGCCCAGAGCUACAUCUCCGCACUGAGUGAGCUGUUAAAGUAGGCGUGUGUGUGAAAAGGGGGAAGGGUGCUUAUGCGAAUAGUGUAAUUUUUUCACAGUGUACUGAUAUUAGGUUAGAUUAGCAUAACAAAGCAGGCGAUGGAAGCCCCCGUUAU